AUGUUUAAGUCACUUGCCAUCUGGCUGGCAUCAGCCUUGACUGUCUCAGCAGCAGGAGCUUUGAACUACACGGACGACAACACUGGCAUAUCAUUUUCUGGCUAUUUCGACGGUGAGGGGUACACCAUUGGCCUGGCCAUGCCCGAGAACCCCUCCACCGACCUCAUCGCUCAAAUCGUCAGCCCCUUGAAGGACGGCGAAGGAUGGGGCGGCUUCGACUUCGGGGUCUCCAUGGCGGGUUAUCUUCUCAUCGUUGCCUGGCCCAAUGGUGACGAUGUCGUCCUUUCACCUCGGAUGGCCACCGGCUAUACUACGCCCUCGGCCUACACCGGGAACGUGACCUUGACACCCAUUGCUGACGGAACAUUUAUCAACUCAACCCAUCUUUCAGCGACGUUUCUGUGCGCUGGCUGCAUUACUGGCAACUCUGACAGCUUCUCGGCCAACGAAACUAAUGCGGUUUUUGCAUACGCAUAUUCUACCACCGCUGUGACGGAUCCAACUGACUCCUCCACUGAGUUGUCCUACCACACGGCAGGGUACUCUGCCUUCGGCAUGACACUGGCUUAUGCCAAGUCGGCCGACUAUGAUACAUGGGCUGCAAUGGCGAAGACCACCACCACCACACCAAGCGGCAACACCACCAUUCCCAGCAACAGCACAACUCCCGGCAGCACUGCCACUCCCUCACCGACAAGCCAGCCGACGACGAUCUCUAAUGUUACUUACGACUACAUCAUCGGCGGAGGAGGUGCAGCUGGCCUUGUGGUUGCCGGCCGACUCGCCGAGACCGGAGCCUCUGUCCUCCUUCUGGAACGUGGUGGGCCUUCUACCGUCGCCACUGGCAGCGACGAGGCGGUCUCGUGGAACAGCUCCAUAACACCCUACGAUAUCCCAGCGAUGGACUACUACUUGGCGAGCUCCGGCGUAUCCAGCCCCUACUGCACGGACACGGCGUCGAUGGCCGGAUGCGUCUUGGGUGGAGGUGGUGCAGUCAAUGCCAUGAUGUAUGUAAAGCCGCAAGACGUCGACUUCAAUGACAAGUGGCCCGCCGGCUGGAAGGCCGACGACGUUCGCAAGGCAUCGGACCGCUUCUUCAGCCGGAACCCUGGCUCAGACAUGCCGUCCGCAGAUCACAAGCGAUACGACCAGGGCACCUACAACUUGCUGUCGUCGUUCUUGGGAAAGGACGGUUUCAGCCCCGUCAAGCCGCUCGAAGAGCCCAACAGGAAGGUCGACGUCUUCGCACACCCUCCAUGGCUCGUGGAGAACGGCCUGCGCGGAGGACCAGUCAAGACGUACCUGCCGCAGGUGCAGGGCUUGAGCAAUUUCAAACUAUCAAUGAACACCAACGUCAUCCGCGCCGUUCGCAACGGAACUUGGGUUUCGGGAGUCGAGGUAGAGAAGCAGGACGGAACGCAUGAGAUCAUCAGGGUCACCCCUAACAGCGGUAAAGUCAUCCUCGCCGCUGGUACCAUGUCAACGCCUCGCAUUCUCUUCUACAGUGGCAUUGGCCCAGCAGACCAGCUCAAGGCCGUUCCUUCGACUGUCAAGAUGCUGUCGCCGAGCCAGUGGAUCGACCUGCCGGUGGGCGAGGGGGUGAAAGACCACCCCAUCAUCACCGUCACCCUGGGCACCAAGAACAACGGGACUUUGACCGCCCUUGACGAGACGGCUUUCACCGCGCCCGAUAACACUUCCAUCUCCAUGUUCGACCGAGGCUCGGGGCUCCUCACCCAGUCCGGCCAACGGCUAAACUUCUGGACCUCAGUCGUCUCGCCAAGCGAUGGCAAGACCCGUUUCCUGCAGGGAACGUGCAACUCCCCGUCAUCGAACAUGGUCCGGAUCAAGCUCUACGUGACGCACGGCCUGACCUCAUCAUCCAACCUCGUCCUGGACAGCACCGGCGAGCUGACGCAAUUCACCCACGACCCCUGGCUGCAGACCCAAGGCGACAUCGAGGCGUACGAGGGCUUCCUCGCGCGCCUGAUCGCCAUGGCCGGCAGGCCCGACUCGACGCUGACGCUGCAGCUCGCGGACGGCACGGACGCGCCGGCCGGGAUCAACGCGACGGCGCUGCUCGCGGACCUGCGCUCGACGCUGACGCCCGGCGACCAUUUCGUCGGCACGGCCAAGAUGGGCCCGGACGACAGGCGUAGGGGCAAUGGCACGGCGGUCGUCGACGACGAUACGCGCGUCUAUGGCACUGACAACCUGUUUGUCGUCGACGCCAGCAUCCACCCGGACCUACCGACCGGCAAUACGCAGGCCAUCGUCAUGGUCGCCGCCGAGCGCGCCGUAGAGAGAAUCCUGGCGCUGGACGGGAUGGCUGUCGGACAACCCGCUGCUGGUAACCGUACUGGCGCUGGCAAGGCUCCGGGGGUUGGGGCGAAGAGAGUGCCGUUUCGGCAGUGUCGCGGGUGUGCGAGGGGGCUGGCAGGGCGGAGGCACGCCCUGAAGGAUCUUCAUGACGCUUGA